AAUAGUCCUAUCUCUGGAUCUUUGUGGAAAUAUCAGAGUAGACUAUUUAAAAAAUCGUUUGAAAGAAAAGUUCAGAAAUAAAGUAACCACAUUUUCAGAUACAUAAACCGAAAAAAGGGGGAGGGAAAGUAACCCAAAUCUUAGAAAAAAAAAAAAAUUGGAUUUCCUGCAAUUAAAUGCAAAUCGAAUGACAUAGCCUACAACUGCGGACAUCAUACACACAGGCUGCUUUUCAGAUGGAAAUAUCCCCUGAACGUCAAAAAUAGGCAAAGAUGAAUCACAUUCAACAAUUGCGUUAAAAUUACUAUCGGAAUUGCUAUUGAAAUGCCAUGGGUUUGUGGUUAGAUUUGUCUCUAUAGGUUAUUAUAGCUUUAAAAUGAUUUGUCUCACAACAGUAUUGUAAUUAUAAAGCUUAAACAAGAUGAUCACAUGCUAAAUGUUUAAUAUUCUAUGGAAAUUCACAUUGAGUGUUCCCGAAAGCCGCCUCUCGUUUUGAACUUGAGUGUAGCUAAAUAAAUUGUUUUGACCCACCGCGUGCAUGAAAACCAGAAGAGCAGUCUGUAACUCACUGUUUAUGUGCUUAAAGGGCUGUUGGGGCAAUUACAGAGUAUCAUAAAGGUUUACAAUUUUAGCACUUGAUCUCCUUUUCGAUACUUUGUUGCUUUUUGGUUUUAUACGUGGCUCACAAGGCUCAGCGGCAAUGUCAGAGUUAACGAAGUCAGUGAUCGUAAACAUGCUGUGCAAGUUGAAUUCUAUUUUUAUUCGCUUAUAGUUUCCGAAAAACGAGUGAUCAGGUUAAUGUAGAUUUGACUUUUAAAAAAAUCUUGCUUGAAAAAGAUAUGGGACACAAGGGUUACGUGCGCACAGAGGGAGGAGUCAUCGGUGCUCGUUGCGAUUUAAUUGGCUGUUAGCUCGCACCGAGUUGUAUAGUUAUCAGUAAUUAUAUUCAGAAUGUUUUGCACAAGAAAUGUCAUCCAGAAAGGGCAAUCUUCUUCCACCGUCAAAUUAUACCACAAAGAUGUCAUGCUCCGAUAGUCCAUCUGGCAACUCGUUUCUGGUAGACUCCUUGAUCCACGGAAGGGCCGAGGGAAGUGGACACUACUACCAAAACAGCGGAGUCUACUUGCAGCCGAGCUCAGAGUAUUCUUAUGGACUGUCGAACUGUGGCUAUUUUUCUGGACUCAAACGGAACGAGGGCAAUUCGCAAAAUGUAGUACCUGCUACAUGUGGGCCAUAUCAAGGCAUGGAAACAUGGCUGGAGACGUCGAGGUCCUGUCGCAUUGAACAGCCUAACAGCCAAAUUACCCCACGCUCGUUCUCGCCUACCAUAAAAGAGGAAAACUCUUACUGCUUAUACGAGUCUGAGAAGUGUCCAAAAGACACCAUUACAGAGGAUAUAUCGUACUCGCGGCUGACACCGAACUCAUGUCCAUCUAGCAACAAUAACGGCUGUGUUCCGGUGCCCGGUUACUUCCGUCUAUCUCAGACGUGCAGCACAUCUAAAGGUUUUCCAGACAACCAGUCUAUAUCGACUCAUCUAGCUGCUGCUGCUCAACGCUCGAGCCGAUUUGACAGCUCUCUUUCAGACAUAGCAGCAGAAGCGAGCCGGGAAGAGAGCGAAGAACCCCCCGCAUGCGCACCAUGUGCCCCGGGAAGAAACAAGGAGCUAAGGGGGUCCACUGGCACCGCUUCAUCUCCCGAGCCACCGGACAGCCCGGAGAAGGCAGUCACCGUUACUAAAGCAGGAGAUUCCAAAAGUGAGAGUACAGCUAACUGGCUGACUGCGAAGAGUGGCCGCAAGAAGCGAUGCCCCUACACCAAACACCAGACACUAGAGCUGGAGAAAGAGUUCCUCUUCAACAUGUACUUGACACGAGAACGUCGCCUCGAGAUCAGCCGCAGCGUUCACCUCACGGACAGACAAGUCAAAAUCUGGUUUCAGAACCGACGGAUGAAGCUGAAGAAAAUGAGUCGAGAAAACAGAAUCCGAGAGUUGUCGACCAACUUCAGUUUUACAUGAAGCCUAUUCGCUUUAUAGAUCUCUGGCGCCCUCCUCCUCCAUCAGCUGCAGUGGUAGCCAUACAACAAACCGUCUCCGUAGGUGUGUGUGUGUGUGUGAGUGUGUGUGCGUGUGCGUGUGCAUAUAUGACUUGGUGCAAGAUACUAUUGAUAACUUAUUGUGUGUCGUAUACUGUUGACGUUUUUAUCUGUUUAUGUAUAAUUUUAUUUGACAUCCCAGUCGUCAUAACAUGUCAUGGUUAUUUAUAAACUGUCAAGACUUCACUGUAAAAGCAAGAGAGGAAAAUAUGCUGAAGGUGUGUUCAUUGUACAUAGCAUUCAGACUAUAUUGUACAUUUAUUGUAUAUAAUUGCGAUAUUUGCAUGUUGUAAUAAUAAUAAGUAUUAUGGAACCAUUUUAAAUAAUAACAAAGCGUUUCUUCUUAAGGCCUUGUCAUUUGCUGUUCUAGGCAUAAGUCCAGUUCUUAGAAACUUGUAUAGUUAUAAACAUGACGGGACUUCUUGUAUUGUUUUAACCGGAUUGAAAGGUACAAUCUUUCUGGACUCAGAUGUAAAUUAAUUAUUGGUGGCAGAAAAUAAAUAAAGGCAUGUACGUAAAACUAUAGCCAACUUUUAAACGAUUCUUUGAAACACUCCUGGUUUUCUUUAUAACGCGGGGAUUUGUAAUGGAGAACUGAUGACUGUAAUUUUACUGACUGUAAAAUUAAAUGAUUUAUAGCCUAUUAUUUCCUCUGCACAGUACUGGUCCCGUGAAGAGUCACACACAAAUUAUUAUUCCAAUCAUUCCUAUUCCUGUCGACAUACAGAUUAUAUAAUCCAAUUU